CUCUCAUUAUCUAUAUACAUACUUAAUAGAAGCUACGUAUUAUUAAUAUUUUUGUAAUAACAUAAAAUCCUCUUCAUCUUGCUACAUCUUUUGUGUUAUGUGUAAAAAUCUAAUGAAAUCGAUAAUUUUGUUUAUAAAUUCAUAUAAUCACGUGGCCAAUAUUCGUAAGUUUCAAAUGAACGUACUGCACAUCCAAGUUGCGCACAGGAUUCUACUUCUGAAUCUGAUCCAAUCGAACUAAACUUAACCUCUCAACGUGAACUAAACGCUUUAUAACUCAUCGAUGGUUAAUACACACGAUCAAAUAGUAAAGAUAAAUCUUAAAGCAACGAUAUAUAUAUUAAUGUUAAAUAAAUAAUAUUUAUAUAAGAAAGAUUGUAUGCAUUGAGAAUGUCACUGCAUCACUCCUUUUCUGUUCACUUUUAUUAAUCGGACACUAAAUUUUCUCUGAUGCUGUUAUUAUUCAUUGUACUAUUAUCAUGGCGGGGGUCUGUCUGUAUGAUUCUACUAUUUGUCGGCUAUGUGCAGAAGAUAAUGGCAAUGGAGAAUUGUUGUAUAGGGACGAGGGUGAUGAUUCCAAUUUAAGUUCAAUGGUGAAUCGCUAUUUACCAUUAAAGAUUCAAGAUGAUGGGAAAUUACCUAGAACAAUUUGUCCUGGCUGUAAUAUUCAGCUGGAGUCUACUGUGCAAUUUUUUGAAUUGUUGGUGGAUGGACAGAGAAAAAUACGAGAAAUGUGGAAACAUCAAGUCGAAUUGCAAAGAAAAGCAGAAAGAGAACGUAUACGUGUUGAAAGACAAAGCACGGAAGUUAAUACAGGAUUACCAGAUUCGGAUAACGACAUAAGAAAUAAUGAAGAUAAUCAAUUAGAAAAGCAAAUAAUCAUUAAAGUACUAUCCGAUGGGUCUUUAUAUACUACUGAACAUGAAAUGAGUUUGCAAAUGGAAGGUUUAAGUAAACCAAAACGAAAAAGAGGCCGUCCUCCUAAAAUUCAUACUGAUAUGGAAUCUUCUAAGAUAAUUAUAAAAGAGGACAUUGCGGAAGGAGUAAGUCAAGAAGAGGAAGAUAAACAAGAGGAAGAUCUUGAUGAAAUAGAUGGUGAUGGUAGACGUCGUAGAAAGCGUAAAGUUCCUAAAAGGUUUAUGGAAGCUGUUCAAGGCAAAGAAUUAGAAAGAAUAUUUAAAGAAGAAGGUGUUAUAGAUGAAGAAGAGGAUGAAGAAGCUGACCACUUCGAAGAUUCUGAAGAACGAAUAAAUGUAACAAUUCCAGAUGGUCAAGAAGAGAUAAUCGGACAUUUAGAAACUGAAGAAGGAAAGGAUUUAGGUGAAUUAGUAAUUGUAAAUCGUGGAAGAGGUCGUGGUAGACCGAAAUUGCGACGUCGAAAAAACAAAUUUACUUGCCAAUUUUGUGGUAGAGGUUUUCUGCAACGUAGUAGAUAUAUUGUACACAAGAGUUUUCAUAAAAGUUUAAAAUACGAAUGUAGAGAAUGUAAGAAGUUAUUUACAAACAAAGAUAAUUUUUCAUUGCAUCAAAAAGUGAGCCAACAUACGGGAUGCAGUAUUACAGAAAUUAACGAUGAACAUGAUAAUAAUCAUCAAAAACCAGUAAUUGAAAAUACAAAUACAAUAUCAAAUAAUGCAUCGCCAAAUGAAAUCAAGAAUUUAGGAAUUACGUUGACAAACAAUCAAAAUGUGGAAGUAGUCACGGAGAUUUUAGACAAAAAUGUAGCUAAUAAUUCAGAUAUAAAAAUUUUAUGUGGACAAUGCGAAAAAUCAUUUCAGACGAAAGAAUCAUAUGAAUUACAUCUCAAAAUAGUUCAUGAAAACGAAAAACUAUUUUUUUGUAACAUCUGUAAUAAAAGUUUUGCAUAUCAAACUAAUUUAAAAGGACAUUUGCUAACUCACGAGGGAAAUAAAUCAGAUAAAGGAUAUCCUUGUGAUAUUUGUGGAAAAGUAUUAAAUCAUCCAAGCUCUGUUGUAUAUCAUAAAGAAGCUGAACACAAUAAUGGUCGUCGUUUUGUAUGUAAUAAAUGUGGGAAGAGUUUCAAACACAGGCAGUUAUUACAUCGUCACCAACUUGUACAUUCUGAAGAUCGACCUUUUAUAUGCAAAUCGUGUAAUGCUAGCUUUAAAACGAAAGCAAAUUUAAUUAAUCAUCAAUCUACACAUACAGGAGAGAAAAAAUAUUUUUGUGAAUUAUGCAGUCAACAGUUUGCUCAUAAAACUAGUCUGACUUUACAUUACAGGUGGCAUACUGGUCAUAAACCAUAUUCUUGUGAAGUUUGUCUUAAAAGCUUUUCUCAAAAUGGUAAUCUUCAAGAACACAUGCGCAUACAUACUGGAGAAAAACCAUAUUGCUGUGACUAUUGUGGACGUAAAUUUACAACUUCAUCACAAUUUAAGUUACACGUUAAACGUCAUACUGGUGAACGUCCAUGGAAGUGCGAGUUUUGUGCCAAAUGUUUCCUGCAUAAAGACACAUGGAAAUGUCAUGUACGUAGGCAUAAGGGAGAAAGACCUUUUCAAUGUUCGCAUUGUAAUCGUGGAUUUACAGAACAAUGGGCUUUAAAAAAACAUCUUCGACUACACACAGGUGAAAAACCGUAUUCUUGUGAUAUUUGUGGAAAAAGUUUCGCUGAUUGUUCGAAUUUAACGAAACAUAAAAAGGUGCAUAGAGAAAAUAAAGUUUUAGCAUUAGGUGAGAUACCUGAAGGUUCCGCAAUUGGUGAAGUAUGGCAGAUUUUACCAAAUUCCCAAGAAACAGAUGAAAAUUCAUUAAGUGAUCAAAUGGCUCAAGUCAUUACGGCCGAAGAAGCAUCUGCAGAUGGACUACAACAAGUUAUUUAUGUUUCUUAUCAAGAUCCUAAUAAUCCUAAUCUAUCAAGAACAUUACAUUUGGUUGAUACUGACAUGAUGCGUGAAAAAGAAGGAAUUGUGAGCACUCAAGGGCAAUGUUUACCUCAUUUGGGUGUCGAAAAUGAAAUAAUCACCGGUCAUCCACAUAAUCAUCAUACUGCCAAUAUUUCAGAUGGACGAGUAGCCAUGGAACUAUCAGAACCAGAUCUACAAUUACAAAUUACAGAUGAAGAAGGUAAUCCAAUUCCACUUUCUAUACAAGAUGCAAGACAAUUAUUAUCGCAAGGACAAUUUGUUAGUCAAUUAAAUGAUGGUCAGACUAUCAGAGUUCAUUCAGGCGUAAUGGCUCAAGAAUUUCCAGGAUCUUUAGGUGUUCAUGUUAAUCACAAUGGUAAUAUAGCAGCAAUGAAUAAUACUAUAGUCCAUGAAGUAAAUAAACCAAGUACAAUAUCAUCUAUACAAACGGAUGCAGAAGCAAUUGUCAAAGCAUUAGAAGACGAAGAUACCGAUGCAACAGCUGUUGCUACUAUAAAUCAAAUGGGAGGAGAAGAGCAGGCAGAAAUGUCAGAUGGACAACAUACUAUCGAAUUUAUGACAAACGAUGGACAAAAAGUCCGACUUCUUACUUCGUACCAUGUUGAUCCAUUACAUCUUGCUUCAGAGUACCUGACUAUUGUAUAAAAAAAAUAAUUUUUAUAGUAAAAUAAUUAAAUUGGAAAAAAAUACUAACUAAACUAUAAUCAGUAGAUAAAUGAAUUGGAAGUUAAUGUAAUAUUAGAUGUAGCAAUUAAUUCGGUGCCUUUUAAAAAAAUUUAAUAUUUACUUAGAAAAUAGUUAUUAUCCAAAAUAAUCUCUUUUAUUUUUGACGACUUUGGUUAUUCUUUCUGACAACUGCCGAAUUACUUAAUGAAAAAAGAUAACGAUUUCGAUGCAAUAAAGUUAAUAUUGAAGCACCGAAUUAACUGUUACUUAAUAAAAAAAUUACUAAAUAUACUUAAUAAAUAAUUUAAACUUAUUACUUAUCUUAUAUAUAAACUGUAGCUAUUAUACAAUCAGUAAAUAAUGUAUAUGCAAGUAGAAGCAAUGAAAUUGAAUCUACUUUUCAUUUUAUUCUGAUUAGCAUAUGUAAUAAAUGUCAACAAGAAUGUAUAAUUUAAUUUUAAUUGAUUUGUGACAUAAUUGUUUAAAUAUAAGUAAAAAAAUUUUAAUAUGCAGUUAAAUGAAACGAUAUUACUAUUUACUAUAAAAAUUACUGCUAUGGGUAAUAUAAGAUUCAUUUAUGCAUAUUCAAAACGAUAAGAUAAAUUAUAAUUCACUCACACAUAAGUUUCUUAUAUUUGUAUAUAAAAAAUGUAGUUCAACGUCGGAGUCAAACAGUUAUUUUAAGUAUUCAUAGCGUUGAAGAUUGCAUAAAAAUAUGAAGAUUUUGGUGCUAAUAUUAUCAUAAUAUUGAACAUUCAAAUGUUAUAAGAAAACAGUAAUUUAUUAAUUUAUACUAUGAUAUGUAUAACAAAAAUAAAAUAUUGAAACACAUUUUUUUCA